CGAGUCAACGACACGACCUCUCCCUCUCUCUCUCUCUCUCUCUCUCUGUAGCAACUUCCUCUGCAAGUCUCUCUCCGAACUCCUUUCUCUGCACGUGUCUCUCUCUCUCCCUCUCUCAACGACGAAGCGAGCCAUCCAUGUCGUCUCCUCCCUCCUCCUCCUUCUCCACCUCGCCGCCGGCGUGCCCAAAGAAGAUGAUCACCCUGAGGAGCUCCGACGGAGCGACCUUCGAGAUCGAGGAGGCCGCCGCCUUGCUGUCCAAGACCCUCGAGAGCAUGAUCGGCGAGAACUGCGCCGGCACCCCUAUCCCGCUGCCGAACAUCGCCGGCAAGAUCCUGGCCGGCGUCGUGGAGUUCUGCAGCAAGCACGCCGAGGCCGGCGUCGACGCCGAGAGCCUCCGCGCUUGGGACGCGGAAUUCGUCGCCGUCGAUCAGGCUACUCUCUUCGACUACAUCCAGGCGGCAAAUUUCCUGGAAAUUCCAACUUUGCUGGAGUUGGGCUGCCAGACUGUGGCAGACAUGAUUAAGGGUAAGACUCCGGAAGAGAUACAAAAAGUUUUCAAUAUCAAAACCUCAUUCACACCGGAAGAGGAAGAAGAGGUGCGGAAGGCGAACCCGUGGGCAUUCGAAUGAAGCCUCUGAGAAUUCCGGGUCUUGUCUUGUUAUAUUGUGAAGUUCUGUUUCUUUUGCUGCCCAACUCCGUAUCGGACAUUGGCUUGUUGAAUGUUUGCUUCUGGCAAAGUGUACUCUUCGGUGCGUUUUUCUGACAUUUUAUAAAUGAAUGUUCAAGUGAAAAUUUCACGAAUUCAAAA